CCGCCGACCGCAAUGUCUCUAUUACGCUGUGUCAUUCUCGUCGCGCUACCCGGUAUUCUCGGCUAUUCGCUACGUGAUGACAUCCGACUACUUGACGACAUCGUCGAAGUCGAUGCUCAAGCGUCGCGACAUCGCGAACGGCGACAUCAGUCGGCCGCAAGCAGUGACUCGCGGCGCCAACUUAUGGGUCUUACCGAGGAGGAACAUAACACUGUACAAUAUUAUUUAGACAAAUUGCGACAACUAGGCAAGCAACGGCAUCCGGAAGGCAAUGAUAAGCAACAAGAAAAUGAUGAUUUGAUGAAAUGGCGGAAACGUAUGCGAGGCGAUGUUGAGGGAGAAAUUUUGAAUCCAGAAGAACAUGGACGUCAUUUUGAGGGCGAUAUUAUAUUGUUCCCGGACCAAGCUAAGGAAAUCUAUGAAAACGCAUUGAAAUCUGGUAGUAGGCGAGUGAAACGGAAAUUUAUUGGAUCAAGUCUGAGGCGAUGGGAUCCAAUGCGACCAAUUAUCUACAGUUUCGACGGGUCACACACAUCACGAGAACAACGGAUCAUUGAAUUGGCCUUGGAGCACUGGCACAAUAUCACAUGCUUGAAUUUCAUGCGGAAUGAUAACGCCAACAGUGGAAAUCGGAUAGUUUUCACGGACGUUGAUGGUUGUGCCAGUAACGUAGGUAGGCACCCGCUUGGCGAGGAGCAAUUAGUGUCGCUAGCACCCGAAUGUAUUCGACUGGGUGUAAUCGCCCAUGAAGUAGCACAUGCGUUAGGAUUUUGGCAUGAACAAUCACGACCCGAUCGUGAUCAAUUUGUGAAUGUACGAUGGGAGAACAUAGACAAGGAUUCAAAAGGACAAUUUUUAAAAGAAGACCCAGAUGAUGUAGACAAUGCUGGUGUGCCAUAUGAUUACGGUAGUAUUAUGCAUUAUAGGAGCAAAGCAUUUUCUCGUUAUGAUGAUCUCUAUACAAUUAGCACAUUCGUGACUGAUUAUCAAAAAACUAUUGGACAACGGGAUCAACUAUCAUUCAACGAUAUCCGGUUGAUGAAUAAGAUUUACUGUAGUAAUGUAUGUCCUAGGAAAUUGCCAUGUCAGCGUGGAGGUUAUACAGAUCCGAGGAGAUGCGACCGAUGUCGAUGUCCAGACGGAUUUACCGGCCAAUUUUGCGAACAAGUAAUGCCUGGUUAUGGAGCAGUAUGUGGAGGAAGAUUGCAGAUGAACAGUGGGUGGACAAGAUUCAGCAGUCCAGGAUAUCCACGAGAAUUCAAAGAGGGGCAAGAAUGUUCCUGGUUGUUGGUAGCUCCACAGGGACAAGUAGUUGAGAUGCAGUUCAUUGGAGAGUUUGAAAUGUAUUGCAAAGUUCGGCAUUCAUUAUGCAUGGAUUACGUCGAGGUGCGUAAUUCGACUGACUUCGCUAACACUGGAAUGAGGUACUGCUGCUACGGUACACCUAGGACGAGUAUACGAUCUGCAACUACAGACCUUGUCGUGCUCUUCCGCAGCUUCUAUCGCGGUGGUCGCGGCUUCGAGGCACGAGCCCGUGCGCUACCAGCGAAUGGUCAGUGGGCGCCAUGGACGCCGUGGACACCUUGCACGGCUAGUUGUGGUGCAUGCGGCUCACGAAUGCGGACACGUAUCUGCCCCUAUGGAGCAUGCGCAGGUGAACCGGUCGAAACCCAAGUUUGCAACAUCCAUCCCUGUAACGGACUUUGUGCACAAAAGAAAACUGAGGAGGGUGAAUGCAGCGGAUUUUUAUCGUUAUUACGAGGAGUCAGGUGUAAACAAGAACGUACCGUAAUGGAACCGUGCGAUAACGCUUGUUGUCCAGGAUUUACGAAUGUGGGUGGUCGCUGUGUGCGAUGAUAUACGGGAUGAUUUUGGUCUUUGAUCAAUUUUAUGUAUAGUUUUGAUGAACAGGAUAAUAAAAUUUUAUUUUCA